AUGUCGGCGGCGGCCGCGGCCCGGGACGGGCUCGGGGAGGGCGCGGGCGGCGCCGCGAGAGGCGGCGAUGGCGGCGGGGGAGGGAUCCUGAACCGCUUCGUGCAGCUGCCGGGCAGGCCGCGGGUGGCGGGCCACAGGUGCCCCCCGGCCAGGAGCGGCCAUCGCUGCGUGGCCGACAGUUCCAACCUCUACGUCUUUGGGGGCUACAACCCCGACUACGAUGAGUCCGGAGGGCCGGAGAACGAGGACUACCCCCUCUUCAGGGAGCUCUGGAGGUACAACUUCGCCACAGACACCUGGCACCAGAUGGGCACCGAAGGCUACAUGCCCCGGGAGCUGGCCUCCAUGUCACUCGUUUUACACGGCAACAACCUCCUGGUUUUUGGGGGCACCGGGAUCCCCUUUGGAGAGAGCAACGGGAACGACGUCCACGUGUGCAACGUCAAGUACAAGAGAUGGGCUCUGCUCAGCUGCCGCGGCAAGAAACCCAACCGCAUCUACGGCCAGGCCAUGGCCAUCAUCAACGGCUCUCUCUACGUGUUUGGGGGCACGACCGGGUACAUUUACAGCACUGACCUCCACAAGCUGGACCUCAACACCCGCGAAUGGAUCCAGCUGAAGCCGAACAAUAUGUCCUGUGACAUGCCAGAGGAGAGGUACAGACACGAAAUUGCUCACGAUGGUCAACGGAUUUACAUCCUGGGAGGUGGAACUUCCUGGACAGCUUAUUCCUUGGAUAAGAUCCACGCCUACAACCUGGAAACCAACACCUGGGAGGAGAUCACCACAAAACCUCACGAGAAAGUCGGCUUCCCAGCAGCCAGAAGAUGCCACAGCUGUGUCCAGAUAAAAAAUGAUGUGUUCGUGUGCGGGGGCUACAACGGGGAGGUGAUUCUGGGAGACGUUUGGAAGCUGAAUCUCCAAACUUUCCAGUGGGCCAAGCUCCCAGCUGCGAUGCCGGAGCCCGUGUACUUCCACUGCGCCGCUGUCACGCCGGCUGGCUGCAUGUACGUCCACGGAGGGGUGGUCAACAUCCACGAAAACAAACGGACUGGCUCCCUGUUCAAAAUGUGGCUGGUGGUGCCCAGCCUGCUGGAACUGUGCUGGGAGAAGCUCCUGGAAUCUUUCCCUCACCUAGCAACUCUCUCCAGAUGCCAGCUUUUGCACCUCGGACUGACGCAGGGACUCGUGGAGCGGCUAAAAUGAGAAACGCCUCCCGCUUCUGUCCGAGACUCGGCACGCCUGGAAGAAUUCCCCACCCCCUUAUUUAUGGAUUCCACGGAUGGUCUCGCUAAGAACACGGAGGAACCUGCUCAAGGCCUUACUCAGCAAAAAUACAUCGAUGCCUUUCCAGACGUUGUUACUUUUAGUCAUUGGAGGGGAAAAAAAAAAAGGAAAAAAAAAAAAAAACCACCCCACAACAAUCCCCUUUUUAUUUAUGGAGCUCUAAGUCAAAAAAAAAGCGUUUUCCGAGACUAAGCAGCCAACCAGCCGUCAGCGCAACGCUUGCAAAUUAAUUGGGGAGCUUAAGGAGCUGCCGAAUGUCCGAGCCUGUGCUUACACACGCCCGCCUCCUCCUCGCCGCUUCCACCCCCGCAUCCAGCGAGGAACCGUGCGCUGCGGAACCGCCGCCGGUCUCUUCUUUGGCUUUGGAGAACCCCAUCCCUGCCACCCAGCUGAGCUCCCCCUCUCCAAACCCGCCCCGUUUCCUUCGGCCCUGCAUGCGUUUCCGUGGGCGCCUCCCCAUCCCCGAGCCUCCGGAGACGGCUGGAACGUCGCCCUGCAGCUUUUUCCCUGCUGCUGUGUGUCUGUGUUUUCUCCUUCCCCUUUUUCCUGCCUGAAAGGUUUGCUUGGAAGACCGGGAAAAAGUUGCCACUUGCGGGGGGGCUACGGUGUUGUUUGCUGGGGGUGGGGAGGGAAGAGGUUUGCCUGUGAGGCUUUUUGAACCUUUAUCUGCUGGCUUUGCACCCGGAACGAGCGACAGUAAAAACUCACCUCCCCGUAGAUUUCAGAGCUCUUUGAACCUGCUCAGCCAAGCCCUGGGUCUCAGCAGCUCCCAGCUUUUGGUUUGCCUUCCUCCCACACGUCCCGAAUUGGCCUUUUUCUUCUUGUUUCGCGUUCCCCUGAGGGUGGGAGAUGGGAUUUAAAGCCGGGUUGGGGGAGCGGCUUCGUGGAUCGCUCAAGCUCGGGAAAUACGGCGUCCAAAAAAGAGGAGAGGGAACAUCUCUCCCUCCUGGUGGGAGCAGGGAUUGUCUGUGCACAGGAAAGGGUGGCUCUGGUCCUCCUGUGCUCUCUACACUGAAUUUAAGUGGCCACUGAGCUUUUAAGCAGCUCCAGGCGUGAGGUUCGUGCAAAAUCCUUUUCAGUUGGAGCCCAUUUUUAAGUGCCUUUUGUUUUUAAAAAUCAGCUUUUCCCUUGAUGCUUUCCUCUUCAUCAAAGGCAGAGGUCACACUCUGGGGUUUUAGUUUCUUUUUAAGAGAUUGCAUUUGUGUUUAAAUAAACCAUAGCUUUGUCUUCAUGUUGUUACUCCAAA